AUGCUGGGUCUCAUCCAGACCUCUCUAUUUCUCAGUGAUCAAGUGGACUCUCCGGGAGGCCCCAUCCAGACCCAGACCAGCACUGUCCUGGACCUGCUGAAGGCCCACAUGGAGGGGAACAACAGCACCAACUCCACCAGGGCCCUGAACCUUCCAGAUGGGACCAGCGCUGCCUGGUACAUCCUCACCAUCAUUGGCAUCUACGGAGUGAUUUUCCUCUUCCAGUUGGCCAGCGACAUCCUCAGAAAGAAUGAUAAGUGCUUGGAAGAUAUGCAUUACUCAAAUUUGACCUCUGAACUCAAAAAGAAAGGGCUCCAGAGCAAGGUGGCCAAAUGCUCCACACUGACCAUUAGCAACAGAGCUGUCCUGCCGCCCAGCCAGCCCAGUGUGGGGCCAGAGCGUGGAAAUAGCGGGCCCCAAACCGAACUCCAAGGGACCCCUGAAAGUCAAGACAGGCAGGCCUCUACAGGGGCCAACUUUCUUGCCGGGGAACAGCUUUGGAUUUAUCGGGAACAUUGAGAGAGGAGUCAAGGUCCUUGAAUGGGGCUGGAAGAGCAUCUCUGAGCUGUGGGCACUUCUGGCUGAUAGGGAUGUGACUGAAAGCCAGCAUCCCAUUUCCUUCUCAGACUUUCUGGCACUUUGGGAAGAGAAAGCAGGGGCAGCAGCUUUCAGUCAUAUUCAUUCUUCACUGGAAAAGCUUGUGCUCCAGGGAAGGGCAUGGGGCACUUAGUGUUCCCAGAGGAACAUAGGAGACUCCUGAGGGGUAUAUGGGAAGGUGGCCUCCUGUUGUGGAAAGAAGGCUGAGUUUGGAGUCAAAUGCCCUGGAUGAAAACUGAACUUCUAGGGGGUCAUAUGAACUUUGAGUGGCUAGUGGCUCACCUGGAACACAUGAGGGCUGCAAUAUAUGGUCUCAAAUGACCUUUCAUUCAAAGACUCUGACUGGAGCAUAGAACCAAAGUUGUUAAUAUCAGAAUUUAGUCAGAAGUUCUUCAUUUUCAUUGGGAGGAUGGGGUCGACUGAAAAAAAGCGUUCAUUUUGCAGUCAGAAGAACCAAUCUCUAGUCUGUGUUUGAUUGUCAACCACUUUGGUGUCCUUGCGCACACCACUUCGCCUCUCUGGACCUUCGUUUCCAUACAGACAAAGCGAGGAUAAUGAUGCCAGUUCUGCCAAUCUUACAAAGUAGAUAAGAGCUAAUGAGAUCAUGCAUAUGAAUAUAUUUUGAA